AGCUCUUUACUUUCAUUUAGAGAAUGGCGGCUGCCUUGUGCAGUUCGCGGAGUGCGCUCAGUAGCAACCCAGGAAGUAAAGCACCUAAAGACCAACGGAAAACCCGGGAUUCCAAGCGACGACAGGCUGCUCUCUCCUUCCUAAGCAACAUCUCGCUGGAUGGGCGACCCUUGUAUCAGUUGAGCAACGGAAACCCGCUGUUGAGACAGGCCGAUGCUAACGAUCAGGAGAGGGGGACAGCAGUUGAGGCUGCUGGUCCCCAGUCUUUCACGGCCGCGUCUGGAAACCCCCUCUGCUUAACCCCACUAGUCAGCGGCUUGCCCUCCACUCCGACGCCGAGGCCUGCCCAGUCUAACGAACCUUCACUUCUGGUGCUCCCCAAAGACAGCUUAUUAGGGAAGGAGGUAUUUUUGGAAACGGGCCUUUUGACACAGACAGGAGCCCUGUUGUCUCCGCAGAGCGGACCGCUGCACCCCCCUCAACUUGGCAGCAGCACAAAGCCACAGACACACCUCUGCAACUCCCUGGGUCUCGAAACCUUCAGGCAAAGAUGCCGAAACUUGUCAGCAUCUUCGCAUCCAAGGGGUCUAAAGAAAGUACAUUUUAUCAAGAAUAUGCGGCAAUAUGACAUCAGAAGUAGCAGGAUUGUCCUCAUCUGUGCCAAAAGGUCUCUCUGUGCCGCAUUUUCAGUGCUACCUUAUGGAGAGAGCUUAUAUUUCAGUGACCCCACACUGGAUGGACAGAGACAACGGCAUUCUUCUGGUGGCACACUUUCCAACCUAGAAAUGGUUCCAAGUCUUGAAGGAGUAGAGCUUGGUGCAGAUGGAAAGACUGUUUCAUAUGCCAGAUUUCUGUAUCCAACAAAUGCAUUAGUCAAGCAGAAGACACCAACAUCUGAGCCUACAGUGACAACUCAAACACCUAGAACAAGUACAGCACGGAAUUUUACUUCUGCACGAUUUAGUAGUACAGUUUUGGCAUCAGAACCAGGCGGUGAUGCUGUGGUGUUACCAGAUUAUGAUCCUAAUCUGCUAAGUGAUCCCCAGUGGCCUUGUGGGAAACAUAAACGAGUACUAAUCUUCGCAUCUUAUAUGACAACAAUAAUAGAAUAUGUAAAGCCAUCUGAUCUAAAAAAAGAUAUGAAUGAAACAUUUAAAGAAAAAUUUCCUCAUAUCAAGUUAACUCUGAGUAAGAUAAGAAGCCUCAAGGAAGACAUGUGGAAUGUGGCUGAUGAGUGUGAAUUACAGCCAGUAACAGUAGCCAUGGCAUAUGUCUACUUUGAGAAGUUAGUGCUUCAGGGACGGCUGAACAAGCAGAAUCGCAAACUGAGUGCAGCAGCCUGUGUGCUGCUAGCAGCCAAAAUCAGCAGUGAUCUGAAAAAGCAGGAAGUUCGGCAACUUAUUGAUAAGCUAGAAGAAAGAUUUCGUAUAAACCGAAGAGAGCUGAUUCAAUUUGAAUUUACGGUCCUAGUAGCCAUGGAAAUGGCUCUUUAUCUUCCAGAAAGCAAAGUAAUGCCUCACUACAGACGACUUGUCCAGCAAAGUUAGUAAUUAGUUGAAUUCGGGGACAAAUUUGGAUAUUGGUCCUGACAUGAUACAGUUGGAAGAAUAAGGAUCAUGACACUGUAUAAUUUGUCUGUACUGGAAUUUUUCCAGUUUAGCAAUUUGCAAUAACAAGCACCUUAUCAAAACUACAAAUCAGUUCUGUGUAUAUCAAGUGUAUAAUCUAUGUUAUAAACAAAAAAGAGCCUUUUGUUUUGUAUCAACUGUGCUUCAUCUUCAGAAUAAUGUAUUUCAAAACAUCUGAUAUGGCCAAGUCCAUAAAAAACCUUUUGUGGGUUUAGAAAUAUGUUCAUUUCAUCAAGUUCAUUGAGUCAUGCAUAGCCAGCUCAUGCGUCCUCCCUGAAAUAUUAAGUUCACUUUACUAUGCGUGAAGUUAUCUUUGUUUUAAAGAUAAAACCUACGAAUAUGGGUUAGUAUAUACACUUCAGUUUUAAAGUGCAAAAUGGUGAAUACUGAAAUGUCUUUUAAAGCUGAAUAGACAGAACAUCUUUAAAUGACAGAUUAUUUUGGUAUCAAUUUUAAUUAUUUGUUAGGGUAGUGUCUAUCAAACUUAUGGAGGACAGCUAUUGUUACUGAAGACUGAAUCCAGUAUUUUUCCCAUCUAAACCCUAAGGCACUUUUUACAGUUAGUACAUACUACACAGAAUUGGCAAGUAGAUUUGCAUUGUGUAGUAUUACCAUUUUUAAAUAAACUACAUGUCAUGUGACUUGUUAAAAAAAAUUUCUCAGACAUGUAAUCACCACAGAAAUGGACCAGAAGUUUUUUUUUUUUGUUGCAUUGAAACCAUUAAAUAUGGUACACUGUGCUGAGUUUGAAUGCUGUGUGUCCUUGUUAAAUAUUUAUUUAUCCUGCAAGGUACAAAAACUGUUAUUCCCUUAGCAGUGUUCUGUAUACAGUAUUGAGCAAUAUUUGGAACAACCUCCAAUAAUUCAACAUCAUGUCCUCUCAAUGCAGUGCUCAGGGUGUGAAGUGCUCUGAUGAAAACAAAAUGUGUCCAAAGAGGGUUCAGAGCAGUCUUCCUGUUUCUAAAAUUAGAUUGACUUGUACUUUGUUUUCUUUCCAGUAGAUUUACAGACAAUGUUAAAAUUAUUUUUUUGUUGUAAUAAGUUUUAUAUUGUGUUCAGUUUCCAUGGCAAUAAUAUUUUAAAUUAUCUCUUCAGUAUACCAAGGGUUUUAUGCAAUAUUUCACAUUAAUUUAUUGAAAGCAGUUAUUUGUUGGUCUUCCAGUCCAAGCCCAUCUGAAAUAUGAUUUAAUACGGGCAUUUAUAGUUUAAUUUCUUGUUUUAUAUAUUUAAAUAUAUAAAGCAAUUUAGAGUAAUGUUUUUAUUCUUAAGUUAACACACCUGGAUGCAGUUUUCCUGCAUGUCAUUGUAUUUCCAGAAUUCUUCUGUAUAUACUAUUUAUGUGAGUAUCAGGACAAAGGGAUUUUUUUUUACAUAUUUAAUGUUAUUUCAGAGUUAUUUGUUGUUAAUUUUUAGAUAUGAUUCUUAGUUACUGUAUACACAUGCAGUACUGUAGUGAACAUAAAAUACUAAGUAAUGUUACUGACAUUGUGUACAUUUAAAUGUGAACACAUUAACAAUUUUAAUACUUAUGCUUACAAAAGUUAGCAGCCUCCAAGCAUAAUGCUGGCCAUUUUAUAAGCUUUUGUUUGUGGAUGGCAAAGGAUUUCAUUGGCUGAAGGAAAUAAAUAUUAUUCAGUAGCAUUUUAUUCCUGCUGUAUCUGAAGAAAAGAGUGUAACCUAUUCAAAAGUUAUUCAUAAUUUUAGAGUCUUGUGGUCUUGAGCAAUAUUUGUGAAUUUUAAAGAUGUUAUCUUGGGAGAAGUCAAGCAAAAUGACACCUUUUAUUGGCUAACUAAAAAGAUUACAACAUGCAAGCUUUCGAGACAUCCUACCUGAAGAAGGGGCCUGAGUUGCCUCGAAAGCUUGCAUAUUAUAAUAUUUUUAAGUAGCCAUUAAAAUGUGUCAUUUUCCUUGAAUUCACACUACAUCCAUAAUGACUUGCAACUGGGUACAACACCCUAGUACUAAAGAUGUUCUGUUGAAAGGUAUGGCUGAUUAAAUAUGAAAUGUAAUUUAGGCCUGUGAUGCCAUCUUGUGGAGAAAAGAACAAAUUGACUGCUAGAUUAAAGGGAAAAUCCUAUGAGACCGUUAACACAUAAUCCAGUGGAUAGAUUUGGGGCCAGCCUGUUAUAAAUAAAUAAAUCCACUCUAAUUUUAAUAAUUUGCCUGUAGAUAUGGAUCUUGUGAAACAACAUUUCCUGCUGCCUUUCAGCCCUACUAUAUGUGAUUCAUUUGGACAACUAGUAUUGUUUAGUAAAGCGUUUUCAAGUAAGAAUUUUCUGGUGCACAAAAUCUUACUCAAUAGCCAUGAGAUGAUUACUUUAAAAACUUUGUAUACAGCUGAUUGUAAUACCUUGAAGUGCCUAAAUCCUAGUAGCAUUGGUCCGUGACAGUAUUUGUAACUAAGAGGAGACCCUGUAUAGUAGAUUAUCUGAGAUUAUAAAAUGGCACCCUAAUAUUGCAGACCAAACCCAUUUUCAAUUUUAGGUGAUGUUGGUUGUAUGUAGUUAAGCCCAUAGGCUUCAAUUUUAUGAGCCUUUGUUUAUUGUCUCACUGCUCUGUUAUCUUUUAGUAUUUAUUUUUAUAUUUAAGCCUUUUUAUAUGUAAAACAUACUGACUUCCCAAGUGGGUAUUCAGCUGUGUUAAGCAGAAAUUUGAAAUGGUUGCUUUAUAUUUGAAAAAAGAGGUUUUAAU